AUGAAUAGGCACCUAGAAGAGAUGAUUAAGGUAUUGGUGCCUAUAAUGGAACUUAUACCGAUUGAAUCGCCCGGAAGAAGCGUACAUGAAAUGUUCGAAAAUGUUGUCUUUAAGGCGAUAAGCUACAUCAGUAAAGUCGGCGACUACAAUAGGCUCAUGAUCACGCUUAAAGUGAAAGACAUCAGAAUAAAGAUAGAAGAGUUUCGCGUGAGGAUUAAUGACGUGAUGAAUGCUGCGAACCUCGCACUGGCUGUUACUUCAGACCGCGCGCCACUCAUACUGAAACCAUUUUCUGACGAGGAUUUAAGGCAGGACGACGAAGAUGCGAAGAGGAAACUUAAAAGUAACAGCGUUGAAGCAAUAUCUACAGGUAAAAAUAUGUCAAAUAAAAGUCAGACCUUCUUGACUAGAUAA